AUGUCCAUCCUCCUCGACCCCCCAGACCUUGGCUUCAAGCGCCCCUUCAACCGUGAGAUAUGCCAGGUGUUACACCUCACCAAUAACAACCCGGAUGCCGUCGUCUUCAAGGUCAAAACCACUGCCCCUAAACAUUAUUGUGUCCGACCAAACUCCGGAAGGAUAGAACCGGGAAAGCAUGUGGAAGUUCAGGUGUUGUUGCAGGCCAUGAAGGACGAACCAGCCCCGGACGCCAAAUGCAAGGACAAGUUCCUGGUCCAAACGGUGGCAGUCACCAAGGAUAUGGAAUUCGCUAACGUCAGCUCCAUUUUCGAGAAAGCCACCAAGUCAGCCAUCCAGGAGCGCAAGAUACGAGUAACCUGGCUCGCCGCCGACGAACCUUCAAUCACACAGGAAGAUACCAAUGGCACGAACGCCCAGGAUGAUGAACCUCCCUCCUACUCUUCACCCAAGGGAGAAUUUGAGACUCCCGCUGCCGGGCUUUCGAAGAACCCGAACGCCACGUCGCCCAUCCCUGCUCCGGAUUUCAACGAGAGCGUCAAGCGGGAAUAUCCCACUCCACAAGUGUCUGAAAACAAGGCAGCGUCAGCGAAGUCUUCUUCUGCAAGCAGCGUAAAACAGAAUGACUACGAAGCGCGGCUGUUGGAAGCAAAUGCGCAAAUCCAGCGCCUGAAAGAUAAGCUCGCAGACCAGGGUUUGCGACAGAGGAAGAUUGGGGGUGAGAGCGAAAAGUCAUCGGCAGGCCUCGUGCAGCAGGCCCAGGCAGUUGAGGCAGGCGUGCCAGUAAGAAUCGUGGCAAGCUUAUGCCUGCUGAGUUUCUUGAUUGCGUAUUUCUUCUUCUAA